AUGGCAUUCGUUCAACCUUUCCCACUCGCAGCAGCGGCCCAAAAAACACAACAACCUGGCUGCAGAGAUCCAAAUCCGAAUAUUGUCGAAGAGUUUGGGAGCGGGGAUCUUGUGUGCGGGAGCUGUGGACUGGUCCUGGGUGAUCGUAUUGUUGAUACGAGAAGUGAAUGGAGGACAUUCGCAAACGACGAAGGCGAUGAUCCUUCUCGUGUUGGUGCUGCGUCGGACCCUCUAUUAGAGGGCAUAGAGCAACUGGAUACGCUCAUCAGUUUCCGUGAUGGCGGUACGGGAAUUGCACGCGAGCUUCAACGUGCGGCUUCUCGCUCCCAGAGCUCGCGCUCGGAGCGGAAUCUUCUUACCGCGUUCCGCGAUAUUGGCAGCUGGUGUGACCAGUUCUCGCUUCCCAAAACCAUCAGCGAUAUUGCCAAACAGCUAUACAAGCGCUCAGACGAGGAGAAACUUCUUCGUGGAAAACCCCUCGAGGCUGUUAUCGCCGCGUGCAUAUUCAUCGCGUGCCGCCAAGCUCACGUCCCUCGUACAUUCCGUGAGAUUUGUAACUUGACCCAUGUGUCGAAGAAGACGCUCGGACAGUGCUACAAGGCACUUGAGCAAGCUUUCAAUCUUUCGCCUGGAGCUACUGCGCAGGUCAAUGCGAAUGGGAGCAACCCGUCCACUGGCCCCGAAAACUUGCUUGUUCGUUACUGCAAUCACCUUGAUCUUCCCGCUCAUGUUCAGUCUAUUUGCGGUGAUAUCAUCGUUGCAGCACGCCAGCAUGGCGUUGCGGACGGUCGUAGUCCAGUUUCUAUCGCUGGCGGGGCGAUUUAUUUUACUUGUCACCUACUAGGGAAGCCCAAAUCUUCUCGAGAUAUCAGUGUGGUUGCUGGUGUUAGUGAGGGCACUAUCAAGUUGGUGUAUCGGCUGUACUACUUGGAGAGGGAGAAAUUGGUGAAGGAGGAAUGGAUCAAAGAAGGGAGAGCUGACUUGGACAGGCUUCCUAAUGAGCGGUAA